ACCAUUAUUUAUUUGCUAACUAUUCCUGAUGCACACAUACUGCUGUCUUGUAGGGAACAUCUGUUGAAAAGAUGGCUGCUCCUUGCAAUAGGAAUAUUUGGCAUCAAAGCCAGGCAUACCUCUUGUUGGAACAAGCUGGAUGAACAACUUUGGCUACUGUAGCACCCGCUUGUACUGGCGUCAAUAGAAGAGCUAAAUAAUGGAUCCUGAUUCUCGUCGAGAUUGUUUGAGACAUGUCUCCCUUUAGAAAAUUAAAGAAUGCUUGGAAAACUUGCACCUAAAGAUAGCUCAGAAUCUAAAAAGUUAAAAGAAUUGGAAGAAAAAGCUCUCCAAUGGAAAAGCUCUCAGCAACCAUCAACUUGGGCUUAUCCCUCCGCAUCUACUACAGCUGAGCCUCAUAAUUCUGCAGCAAAUGGCAGUGGAUCAAUACCCACACCUCAACAGCAGUUGCAAUUUGAUAAGGAAGAGGAAGAAUUUGAGAAGCAGUUCAAAGAAUGGGAGAAGGAAUUUGAAAAUUGGAAAGAGAGUAAUCAGAAUCACCCUGAUAAAGAGGCUUUUGCUCAAUAUGAGAAGCAAUGGCAAGAGUGGCGUAAACAAUUACUGCAAAAAAAGGAGCAGAUGCAAAAAGCGAAAGCCGAGCGUGUUGCUGCAUCCUCUUCAGCAAUGAGUGCACCUCAAACCUCUACCAUUAAUACAGCUGUCAGCAUUCCUGCGACUUCUGUCUCAACUAAUGAAUCUGCUGUUGCAAAUGCUGGAAUGUAUUAUCCUCCAUCACAGUAUAUGUAUAUGCAACCAUAUAUGUAUCCAGGUAAUGUUCCAGUUCCACCUCCCAUGACCGCACCUCCUACAAUGCCACCUCAAUUUCCACCAUAUGGAGCACCAGCACCACCUCCUCCAACUCAACCUCCACAUUUUGGAAAUCCGCCUUUAAUGCCAGUGCCACCUGGUGAUCCAUCCAUGCCUCCAUCAGACAAUCCUAAUAUGAAACCAGGUGAAGGAUUUGAUCCAAAUUGCUAUAAUUAUAAUCCCAAUAAUGAAAUGUAUGGGGAAGACGAAAAAUAUCAAGAAUAUGGUGAUCCUGGCAUGUAUUCUCAUGAAAAUGAAGAACAAUAUCAAAGAGAGAUGAACUUUCCCCGUGGACGUGGUAGAGGGAGAGGAAAAGGGCGAGGAAGAGGACGUGGAGGGAGAUGGUCUGAUGGAGUUGAAAUGGAAGGAGGAAUGAGAGGUCCUCCUGGUCUUCUUGAAACUCCAGAUCUUCCUAAAGGAGGCUACCUAAGAGGAAUGCAUGGAGAUUUUAAUGGGCCUCCAGGUAACUUUCAUGAUGGCCCCAGGGGUAUGAGAGGUGGUCCAAGAGAAUUUCACGAUAGUCCUGAUGGACAAAACUUGGAAGGGUACAAUUUCCCCGAUGAUGGACAAGGGAAUUAUCCUCCUGAUGAUUUUCCUGAAGAUGGCUCGAGACGAAAUUUUCCUCCAGAAAGAUUUCAAAUGUGUAAUGACCAAGGUGCAAUGUUUCGAGGUGGUCGGAGACCCAUGUAUCCUGAAGAACCACCUUAUGGUGAUGAAUCUGAACCUCCAUUCCAUGAAAGUCAAUUCCGUGGCGGGCAAAGGCCACCAUUUCGUGAUGGACCUCGUUUUCGUGACGGACCACCUUUCCGGGACGGACCACCCUUCCGGGAUGGACCUCCUUUCCGGGACGGACCACCGUUUCGAGAUGGUCCAUUAAUUCGUGACGGACCAUUACUGCCCGACGGUCCCCCAGCUUUACGGGAUGGCCCUCCUCUCAAAUUAAGAGAUGGUCCACCAUCACGAGAUAAACCUUUGUUACAUGAUGCUCCUCCAAAUGCUAGUCUUGACGGCCCACCAGAUGUUUCUGAUGAGCCACCUUUGCAUCGUUAUCCUCCAGAUGAUUUUGAUGAAGGAUUCCCUCCUGGACCUCCAUUUGACGAUCAAUUUCCACCUGAAAAUGAGCGAUAUCCUUCACAAAGGGAUAUAAAAGAAGAAAGAUUUAUGAGAGAAUGCUUUCCUCCUAAUGAAGAUGAUUCUUUUAGACCCUAUGAUGACCGUCCAUUUGAAGAUCGUUUUCCACCUGGCCGUGGUCGUUUCCCACCCAGAGGUAGAAGAUUUCCUCGUGGUGAAUUUGAUAGGUUUAAUGAUCACCUCUUCCCUGGAAGAGAUGAUGACUCAUUUGGUCCAGAUUUUCCACCUCCUGAAGAUAGGUUUCCUGCCCGAAUCCCACCUGGGCGAGGUCCUCGUCCACCCUUUGAACCUAAUUUCAGACCACGUGGCCCACGUUUCUCUGACGAUCCUUUUUUAGGUGAUGGCCCUUCAGGACCACCUAUGCGCUUUAAAACUGUUGAUUACACUCACAGAUCAGCAGCCUCAGUUGGCGAAGGUUUUAAUCAUCAUUAUGAAUAUGAGUCAGAAUUUCAAGAUGAUGUUGCACAGUUUCGAGAUAACUUUAAUUAUGAGGUGAACUUGGCUCCAAGUAAUCCCAUCAUUUUUUCUCAAGCCAAAAUUGAAUCUUUUGACUAUGGACAUGGUUCAUGCCCUACUGCACCUUCUAUCCCUGGAAAAGACACUGUUCCUGUCAAAGUUUUUGAUUAUUCACAUCGUGGUGAAGGACCUUUACCCCCUCGAGAUAGGAACAAUGAUCGACCUUCCUACCGUGAUAGAGAUGGGGGCAGGUCACGUGAUAGGGAAAGAAACCGUGAUAAAGAGAAUGACAAAGACAAGAGAAGAGACAGAGAUAAAGAACGAGACUCUAAAAGAGAUCGUGACUAUGAGCGCAAACCUGAAACUGAGAGAGUGAAGCGAUCCAAAUGGGAUUGUCCUGAUAAUGAAAAAGCCAGUUCAAAAGAGGCUGCUCUAAAAAGAGAAAGCUCUGAUACAAAGGUAGAAGUCCCAUUCAAACCACAAAAUGAUUCACUGGCUAAUGAAUCAUCAUCAUCAGAGACUACUUUAAUUGAAGACAUUUUGAAUCCUCCUAAACGAUUCACUAGACCUAAACAACUUGUCAUCAUACUUAGAGGAUUACCUGGAUCUGGAAAAACUUAUGUAGCUAAGCUAAUUAAAGAUAAAGAGAUUGCAAAUGGUGGGUCAGCACCUCGAAUUUUGUCUCUUGACGAUUAUUUCAUGGUGGAACAAGAAAUAAAUGAUACUGAUCCUGAUACUGGUAAACGACUUAAACGCAAGGAAUUUAAAUUUGAAUAUGAAUCAGAAAUGGAAGAGUCAUAUCGUGCUAGCUUGUUUAAAUCAUUCAAAAAAACUAUUGAUGAUCGUUUUUUUCCUUUCAUCAUUGUGGAUGCCGUACAUGACAAAUCAAAACAAUAUGAACAAUUUUGGAGUUAUGCUAAGCAGAGAGGAUUUCAAGUAUAUAUUGCUGAAAUGGAUUGUAAAGAUCCUGUGAUUUGCCAUAAAAGAAACACACAUAAUCGAACUUUAGAAGAUAUUACAAAGAUAAUGGAAUGCUGGGAGAAAAAACCUCGUCAUUUUAUAAAUAUGGAUGUUCGUUCUCUUCUACAAGAUGUUGCUAUUACUGAGGUAGAAAUGGAAGUAGAAGAAGGUGAUUUAAGUGCAACAGAUGACAAUAAGAAUGACUCUGAUGCCGAGAAUGAUACAAACUCCCUAAUGGACCAUGUUCCGAGCCGCUGGGAGAAACUAGAAGCUACUGAAGAAAAACUUGAUCAGUUAGAUGGUUUGCGACUAGGAAAGAAGAAGCAUUCAUCGAUGGAAGAUUAUCUACAAUUACCUGAUGAUUAUGAACAAAGAGAAUGUGAGCCAGGAAAGAAAAGAGUGAGAUGGGCAGAUUUAGAAGAAAGAAAAGAACAAGAUCGACUUCGGGCUAUUGGAUUCGUCGUUGGCCAAACAGACUGGAAUAAAUUAACUGAUCCAACUCAUGCAGAUCGAGCCCUUACAAAAACCAAAUAUUUUUAGUCAAUUAAGGCAUUUAUAAAAAUUUAUUUGCAUUCAUGUAUUUUUAAAAAAAAAAGAGUGAAAAAAAAAUUUAUUUUUUUUUUUGUUUGCUCAUUAUAUGCAUAAAUAACUCAUUCAUUGAAAUAUGAAAAGGGCAGAACAAUUUUUAUAUUGUUUUGAUCACUCAUUAGUGAGGUUAAAAAAAAAAGAAGAAAAAAAACUUCCUUUAUGUGAUUUAAGGUUGCCCAAAUCAUUGAGUGCUAAAACACGGAUAUAUAUAUAAACUGUUGACUUUAAUUUUAUAAAAGAAUUGGUCAGAAGUUAUGACUUGUUUUUGUUAUUAUCUCUCUCAUCAUUAUAUAAAUAAGAAUAUAUAUUAUUAGAAACAUUUUCAAGGCAUUUUGUAUGUAUGAUGCACAGUUAUAAUUUUAUUUGUUAAGGUAUUUGUAUGUGGGUACAUUUAAAACGAGCAUUUUCGAAAGCCUUUUAUUCGAGUUGACUUGCAUAACACAGCUUGGGUCUCACAUUCAUAAAAAUGGAAGAGUAUUAAAAUGUCUGCUCAUAAAAAUCUAAUCUAAAAAGAUGUAUUAAAAAACACGAAUCGAAAAGUCAUUUAACUUUUAUUUAAUUAACAUCUGUUUCUAGCUGAGCAUUUCUAUCUAUCUAACAAUCAUUAUUUCUAUAAACUCUGUCAAUAAUUGUUUGGUGAUGUGAAAAAAGUAACAAAAUCCUGAUUUACUGUUAGCAUGUAGAAAAAAUAUUAGUAUGCCACCUAAACAAAAGAUUUCUAAACUGCCCAAUUCCUUGUAUGCAACUUUUAUUCUGAACGUAUUGAUACUAUUUCUUUUACUAGUUUCUUGUUUUUGAAGAAUACCUGUAUUGAAUAUCUUUUAAUAUUGUAAUGGUUGUAGAUUACAAGUUAAAAUUUUAACAUUCAUGGUAAAAUUCUGAAAAUGUUUGAUUUAUAUUUGCUUUGGAAAAAAGGAAAUUUUUUUUUUUACCUUAUAAGAGAAAUUUUAAAUUCUGAACUGUCUAAAGGGAUGAAAUACCCUUUUUAAAAAAAAAGAACGAACGAAAAACUAUGCAACAAUGUUAGUGCCUAUUAUCAUUCAUCUCAUGUUUUGUCACUUAUGCCUUUUAGUUUUAAUAAAGUUAAUUUUGUUGAUAA